UUUCUCUUUUUCAUACAAAUUUCAUUUCUCACUCACUCUAACUCUCACUCUCACUCACCUUUUCCUUAGCUUCGAAGCACCUUAGCUUCCACACUCAGUCUCUGUGCUAGGGUUUCCUUCUCCCAUUCCUAAUCAGAAUCCGAAUCUCAGCUUUCCUUUUUCUCUGUUCGUGUGUUCGGAAUGUCGGCUUCCAGAGGAGGGGCGGGGCCGUCGUCCGAGGCACCGCCACAGAGGCGGAUCAUACGGACGCAGACAGCCGGGACCUUGGGAGAGUCGGUCAUUGACAGUGAGGUUGUGCCUUCCUCUCUAGUCGAAAUUGCUCCCAUUCUUCGUGUCGCUAACGAAGUUGAAAAGACUCAUCCCAGGGUUGCAUAUCUCUGCCGCUUUUACGCUUUUGAGAAAGCUCAUAGGCUGGAUCCCAACUCAAGCGGUCGUGGUGUUCGGCAAUUCAAGACUGCACUUCUUCAACGCCUUGAAAGAGAAAAUGAUCCAACUCUGAAAGGAAGGGUUAAGAAAAGUGAUGCUCGAGAGAUGCAAAGUUUUUAUCAGCAUUACUACAAAAAAUAUAUCCAAGCUUUACAAAAUGCUGCCGAUAAAGCUGACCGUGCGCAGCUCACCAAGGCAUAUAACACGGCUAAUGUUCUUUUUGAGGUUUUGAAGGCUGUUAACAUGACACAAUCUAUGGAAGUUGACCGUGAGAUUUUGGAGACCCAAGAUAAAGUUGCUGAGAAAACUGAGAUCUUAGUUCCUUACAAUAUUCUUCCUCUUGAUCCCGAUAGUGCUAACCAGGCUAUAAUGAGAUUUCCCGAGAUCCAAGCUGCUGUGUAUGCUCUUCGGAACACUAGGGGUCUUCCAUGGCCCAAGGACUACAAGAAAAAAAAGGAUGAAGACAUUUUGGAUUGGCUUGGGUCAAUGUUUGGAUUUCAGAAACACAAUGUUGCGAAUCAGAGAGAGCAUUUGAUCUUACUACUGGCUAAUGUUCACAUAAGACAAUUUCCAAAGCCUGAUCAGCAACCAAAGUUGGAUGAACGUGCCCUCACAGAAGUGAUGAAGAAACUUUUCAAGAAUUACAAAAAAUGGUGCAAGUAUUUGGGUCGGAAAAGUAGCCUUUGGUUACCUACUAUACAACAAGAAGUACAGCAACGUAAACUACUAUAUAUGGGACUGUAUCUUCUAAUAUGGGGUGAAGCUGCCAACCUACGAUUCAUGCCAGAAUGCCUUUGUUAUAUAUAUCACCAUAUGGCUUUUGAAUUGUAUGGUAUGCUUGCUGGUAAUGUCAGUCCAAUGACUGGAGAGAAUGUGAAGCCAGCUUAUGGAGGUGAAGAAGAAGCUUUUUUAAGGAAAGUAGUCACUCCUAUCUACGAUGUGAUUGCUAAGGAAGCUGCACGCAGCAAAAAGGGAAGGUCAAAGCAUUCACAGUGGAGGAACUAUGACGAUUUAAAUGAAUAUUUUUGGUCUGCUGAUUGUUUUCGGUUAGGUUGGCCAAUGCGUGCUGAUGCUGAUUUCUUUUGCCUGCCUUCUGAAAAGUUGUUUUUUGAUAAAUCUAAUGAUGACAAACCACCUAGCAGAGACAGAUGGGUUGGGAAAGUGAAUUUUGUUGAGAUAAGAUCAUUUUGGCAUAUUUUCAGGAGUUUCGACCGAAUGUGGAGUUUUUUCAUUCUGUGUUUACAGGCUAUGAUUAUUGUUGCUUGGAAUGGAUCUGGUGAUCCAAGUGUGAUCUUUAGAGGUGACGUGUUCAAGAAGGUGUUGAGUGUGUUUAUAACAGCAGCUAUAUUGAAGUUUGGGCAAGCUGUUCUAGAUGUGAUCCUGAGUUGGAAAGCACAGUGGAGUAUGUCGCUGUAUGUGAAGUUAAGAUACGUUCUAAAAGUUGUUUCAGCUGCAGCAUGGGUGAUUGUUCUGUCAGUUACUUAUGCAUAUACUUGGGAUAAUCCUCCUGGGUUUGCUCAGACCAUUAAAAGUUGGUUUGGAAGUGGUGGUUCAAGUGCUCCUUCAUUGUUUAUUUUAGCUGUUGUUGUUUACCUGUCACCGAAUAUGCUUGCUGCAAUAUUCUUUCUGAUCCCUUUUAUUCGUCGUCAUCUUGAGAGAUCAAACUAUAGGGUUGUGAUGCUAAUGUUAUGGUGGUCACAGCCUCGUUUGUAUGUUGGUAGGGGAAUGCACGAGAGCGCCUUUUCGCUUUUCAAGUACACAAUGUUUUGGGUGCUUCUCAUAAUUACAAAGUUGGCUUUUAGUUACUAUAUCGAGAUAAAACCUCUCGUGGGACCUACAAAAGCUAUAAUGAGUGUAAAAAUCACAACUUUUCAGUGGCAUGAAUUCUUUCCUCAUGCAAGGAACAAUAUUGGUGUUGUCAUUGCUCUUUGGUCUCCAAUUAUCCUGGUAUACUUCAUGGAUACCCAAAUUUGGUAUGCCAUAUUCUCAACAUUAUUUGGUGGUAUUUAUGGUGCUUUCCGUCGGCUUGGGGAGAUACGGACACUAGGAAUGCUAAGGUCUCGUUUUGAAUCAUUGCCUGGUGCCUUCAAUGCCAGUUUGAUUCCGGAAGAAACAAGUGAGCCAAAGAAAAAAGGACUAAAGGCCACUUUGUCCCGCAGAUUUCCCAAUAUCUCAUCUAACAAGGGGAAGGAGGCUGCAAGAUUUGCACAACUUUGGAACCAAAUAAUUACUAGUUUCAGGGAAGAAGAUCUUAUUAGUGAUAGGGAAAUGAACCUUUUGCUUGUACCAUAUUGGGCUGAUACUCAGUUGGAUCUUAUACAAUGGCCCCCCUUUCUACUUGCUAGCAAGAUCCCAAUUGCACUAGAUAUGGCUAAGGACAGCAAUGGAAAGGAUAGAGAGCUAAAGAAAAGAAUUGGGGCUGACAACUACAUGUCUUGUGCUGUCCGUGAGUGCUAUGCUUCAUUUAAGAGCAUUAUUAAGCUAUUGGUUCAAGGGGAACGGGAGACAGCGGUUAUAGAGUACAUGUUCAAUGAAGUGGAUAAAAAUAUAGAAUCCGAUAAACUUAUUGUUGAAUUCAGAAUGAGUGCACUUCCUAACCUCUAUAAACAGUUUGUUCAGCUAAUAAACUAUUUGCUGGAUAAUGAUCCAAAAGAUAGGGACCAAGUUGUGAUUCUAUUCCAGGACAUGCUGGAGGUUGUGACGAGAGAUAUAAUGAUGGAGGAGCAGGAUCAGAUUUUCAGUUUGGUGGAUUCAACCCAUGGUGGUACAGGACAUGAGGGGAUGCUUCACCUUGAGCCUGAGCCCCAUCACCAAUUGUUUGCAUCUGUAGGAGCUAUCAAGUUUCCAAUUGAACCAGUUACUGCAGCUUGGACAGAGAAGAUUAAACGACUUAACUUGCUGCUUACGACAAAAGAAUCUGCCAUGGAUGUACCAUCUAACUUAGAAGCAAGAAGGCGUAUUUCUUUCUUCUCAAAUUCAUUGUUUAUGGACAUGCCUAUGGCACCAAAAGUUCGCAACAUGCUUUCAUUCUCGGUUUUGACACCAUACUAUACAGAAGAAGUUCUAUUUUCCUUACAAGAUUUGGAUUCACCUAAUGAGGAUGGUGUUUCAAUACUGUUCUACUUGCAAAAGAUUUUUCCUGAUGAGUGGAACAAUUUUCUUGAGCGUGUGAAGUCUACUGAGGAGGAUAUUAAAGGGAGUGAAUCUGACGAGUUAGUAGAAGAACUUCGGCUUUGGGCAUCAUAUAGAGGGCAAACAUUGACCAGAACUGUAAGAGGCAUGAUGUAUUACAGAAAGGCUCUGGAACUGCAGGCUUUUCUUGAUAUGGCGAAAGAUGAAGAUUUGAUGGAAGGUUAUAAAGCCAUAGAAAACUCAGAUGACAAUUCAAGGGGGGAAAGGUCAUUGUGGACACAAUGUCAAGCAGUAGCUGAUAUGAAAUUCACAUACGUGGUAUCAUGUCAACAAUAUGGCAUUGACAAGCGGUCUGGUUCUCCCCGUGCACAGGACAUAUUAAGGCUUAUGACAAGGUAUCCGUCUCUUCGAGUUGCCUAUAUUGAUGAGGUAGAGGAACCUGUCAAAGACAGUAAGAAAAAGAUCAACAAGGUUUAUUACUCAUGCUUGGUUAAGGCUAUGCCGAAAUCAAAUAGUGCUUCAGAGCCUGAGCUGAAUCUGGACCAGAUUAUAUAUAAAAUAAAGCUUCCUGGACCAGCAAUUUUGGGUGAGGGCAAGCCUGAAAAUCAGAAUCAUGCCAUAAUUUUCACACGUGGAGAGGGCUUGCAAACAAUAGAUAUGAAUCAGGAUAACUACAUGGAAGAAGCUUUGAAAAUGAGAAAUUUGCUGCAAGAGUUUCUUAAAAAGCAUGAUGGUGUUCGGUUUCCUAGUAUCCUUGGACUUAGGGAGCAUAUUUUUACUGGAAGUGUUUCUUCCCUCGCAUGGUUCAUGUCAAAUCAGGAGACAAGUUUUGUGACAAUUGGUCAGAGAUUGUUGGCUAAUCCUUUGAAGGUUCGUUUCCAUUAUGGUCACCCUGAUGUCUUUGAUAGACUUUUUCACCUCACAAGAGGGGGUGUGUGUAAAGCCUCCAAGGUUAUCAAUCUAAGCGAAGAUAUUUUUGCUGGCUUCAACUCUACACUACGUGAAGGAAAUGUCACUCACCAUGAGUACAUACAAGUAGGGAAGGGAAGAGAUGUGGGUCUCAAUCAGAUUUCUAUGUUUGAAGCAAAAAUAGCUAAUGGCAAUGGGGAGCAAACACUAAGUCGAGAUGUAUAUAGACUUGGGCACCGUUUCGACUUCUUCAGAAUGUUGUCUUGUUACUUCACCACAGUUGGAUUUUAUUUCAGCACCCUUAUAACUGUUCUCACUGUGUAUAUAUUCCUCUAUGGUCGCCUUUAUCUUGUUCUUAGUGGGCUUGAAGAAGGUCUAAGUACUCAAAAAGCCAUUCGAGACAAUAAGCCUCUUCAAGUGGCUCUUGCUUCUCAGUCAUUUGUUCAGAUUGGGGUUUUGAUGGCCCUGCCCAUGUUGAUGGAAAUCGGUUUGGAGAGGGGCUUCCGAACUGCUCUCAGCGAGUUCAUAUUAAUGCAACUGCAGCUGGCCCCAGUAUUCUUUACAUUUUCUCUUGGGACAAAAACUCAUUAUUUUGGAAGAACGUUGCUGCAUGGAGGUGCUAAAUAUAGACCAACUGGUCGGGGAUUUGUGGUUUUCCAUGCUAAAUUUGCUGACAACUACAGACUUUACUCUCGUAGCCACUUCGUCAAGGGUAUUGAGCUCAUGAUACUGCUUAUUGUGUAUCAAAUUUUUGGUCAUUCUUACAGAAGUGCUGUUGCAUAUAUCUUGAUUACUGCAUCAAUGUGGUUUAUGGUGGGUACCUGGCUGUUUGCUCCUUUCUUGUUCAAUCCUUCUGGGUUUGAAUGGCAAAAGAUUGUCGAUGAUUGGACUGAUUGGAAUAAAUGGAUUAGUAAUCGAGGGGGUAUAGGUGUUCUACCUGAAAAAAGUUGGGAAUCUUGGUGGGAAGAGGAACAGGAGCAUCUCCAAUAUUCAGGAAUUCGGGGAAUCAUAGUAGAGAUACUGUUAUCAUUGCGAUUUUUUAUCUACCAAUAUGGUCUGGUAUAUCACUUGAAUAUUACGAAGAAAGGCCAAAAAAGUUUUCUGGUCUAUGGCAUUUCGUGGUUGGUGAUAUUUGUAAUAUUAUUUGUAAUGAAGACGGUAUCUGUUGGGAGGCGUAAAUUUAGUGCAAACUUUCAACUUGUCUUCCGACUAAUCAAGGGACUGAUAUUCCUCACUUUUGUCUCGAUUCUAGUCAUUUUGAUUGCCCUUCCGCAUAUGACAGUGCAGGACAUUGUUGUUUGCAUUCUUGCUUUCAUGCCAACUGGUUGGGGAAUGCUGCAGAUUGCUCAAGCAUUAAAACCUUUAGUACGGCGGGCUGGGUUUUGGGGUUCAGUGAAAACUCUUGCUCGAGGUUAUGAGAUUGUGAUGGGUUUGCUUUUGUUCACUCCUGUUGCUUUUCUGGCUUGGUUUCCUUUUGUUUCAGAAUUUCAAACCCGUAUGCUGUUCAACCAAGCAUUCAGCAGAGGUUUGCAAAUUUCUCGUAUUCUUGGUGGGCAAAGAAAGGAGCGCUCUUCUCGCAACAAGGAAUAGUUCUUAACUACGAUAGCUUAAUAUUCGUUGGUUGCGCUACUAGCUGCACCAAGAUAUUCUGUAUCAAUUGUAAUUAGUUGUAACUAUGAAACAUACAUAUUCUACUCUUCAAUUUCAUUACAACGUUAAAUUAUCAUGAUCAA